AUGGCCGCGCUUCGGUCAUUGCCCCCCCGCUGGACCCUACUACUGUCCUUGGUCAUCCUACUGGGAUGCCUCAUUAUCCCCGGUGUCGCGGUGAAGCACGAGAACUUCAAGAAAUGCUCGCAAUCUGGCUUCUGUAAGCGGAACCGCGCUUUCGCCGACGACGUCUCCGCAAAAGGCUCCUCUUGGACCUCUCCUUACGAGCUCGAACCGUCAUCUCUCCAUUUUAAGGACGGAAAACUGGAGGGAACCAUUCUCAAGUCCGUCUCCGACAAUGAGAAGGUCCGACUCCCGCUUGUCGUGUCCUUCCUGGAAUCUGGUGCCGCUCGGGUCAUCGUCGAUGAGGAGAAGCGAUUGAAAGGAGAUAUCGAGCUGCGCCACAACAGCCCCGCCCGCAAGGAGCGCUAUUAUGAUGCCGAAAAAUGGGUUCUUGUUGGUGGUCUGGACGCAAGUAAGACUGCGACGUUGAGCUCGGAAUCGGAAGCCGGAUACACCAAGAUCUCCUAUGGUCCGGACAACAAGUUUCAAGCCAUUAUCCGCCACGCACCCUUUUCCAUGGAAUUCCAAAGGGACGGCGAAACCCAUGUGCAAUUGAAUAACAAGGGCUUUCUCAAUUUGGAGCACUGGCGGGCAAAGGUCGACGCCCCGGAAGGUACCGAUGCAUCUCAGGAAGACCAAAGCACCUGGUGGGAGGAAACAUUUGGUGGAAACACCGACUCCAAGCCCCGUGGCCCCGAGAGUGUGGCGAUGGAUAUCACAUUCCCUGGAUAUAGCCAUGUCUUCGGUAUCCCUGAGCAUGCCGACUCACUUUCCUUGAGGGAGACCCGUAGAGGUGGAUCCGGUAACCACGACGAGCCGUACCGUAUGUACAAUUCGGAUGUGUUCGAGUACGAGCUCAACAGUCCCAUGACCCUGUAUGGCUCUAUCCCGCUCAUGCAGGCGCACCGUAAAGACUCAACCGUCGGGGUUUUCUGGCUCAAUGCUGCUGAAACCUGGGUCGAUAUUGUCAAGUCUAGCUCAUCCAACCCACUCGCCUUGGGCAUCGGUGCGAAGACCGAUACUCAGAGCCACUGGAUGUCCGAGUCUGGACGAAUUGACCUGUUUGUUUUCUUGGGACCGUCUCCGCAGGACAUCAGCAAGACCUAUGGUGAGCUUACUGGUUACACCCAGUUGCCUCAGCAUUUCGCCAUUGCGUAUCACCAGUGCCGCUGGAACUAUGUCACCGACGAGGAUGUCAAGGAUGUGGACCGCAACUUCGACAAAUACCAGAUCCCGUAUGAUGUGAUCUGGCUUGACAUUGAGUACCUCGACGACCGGAAGUACUUCACCUGGGAUCCUCUCACGUUCCCCAACCCCAUUGGCAUGGAGCAGCAACUUGAUGACUCCGAACGGAAGCUCGUGGUCAUCAUCGACCCCCACAUCAAAAAUUCCGAUAAAUACACGAUUUCCCAGGAGCUGAAGAGCAAGGACCUUGCUACCAAGAACAAGGAUGGUGAAAUCUACGAAGGUUGGUGCUGGCCCGGUUCGUCGAGCUGGAUUGACUGCUUUAACCCCGAGGCGCUGAAGUGGUGGGCUGGAUUGUUUAAAUACGACAAGUUCAAAGGCACGCUCCCCAACGUCUUCAUCUGGAAUGAUAUGAAUGAGCCGUCAGUGUUCAAUGGUCCUGAGACCACGAUGCCGAAGGACAACCUCCAUUGGGGCAACUGGGAACACCGUGACGUCCACAACGUUAAUGGAAUUACCUUUGUCAAUGCCACAUACGGGGCCAUGCUGGAGCGCAAGAAGGGUGAGCUUCGCCGGCCCUUCAUCCUUACCCGGUCGUACUACGCUGGUGCGCAACGGAUGUCUGCCAUGUGGACAGGAGACAACCAAGCCACCUGGGAGCACCUGGCUAUGUCUAUCCCCAUGGUCUUGAACAAUGGGAUCUCUGGAUUUCCGUUCGCCGGUGCCGAUGUCGGUGGCUUCUUCCACAACCCGAGCAAGGAUCUCCUUACCCGCUGGUACCAGGCUGGUAUUUGGUAUCCAUUCUUCCGCGCCCACGCACACAUCGACACCCGUCGGCGAGAGCCUUAUCUCAUUUCUGAACCCCAUCGGUCGAUCAUUGCUCAGUCAAUUCGCCUGAGAUAUCAGCUCCUCCCGGCUUGGUACACAGCCUUCCAUGAGGCGUCCGUCAAUGGCACGCCCAUUGUGAGGCCGCAGUGGUACGUGCACCCGACCGAUGAAGCUGGGUUCGCCAUCGACGACCAGCUCUACCUGGGAACUACUGGUCUUCUCACGAAGCCCGUCGUUGCUGAGGGAGUUGAUUCGGUCGAUAUCUACCUUGCGGAUGAUGAGAAGUACUACGAUUACUUCGACUACACUGUCUAUCAGGGCGCCGGCAAGAGACAUACGGUACCUGCGCCCAUUGAGAAGGUGCCGUUGUUGAUGCAGGGUGGCCACAUCAUCCCUCGCAAGGACCGUCCCCGUCGGAGCAGUGGUCUUAUGAAGUGGGAUCCCUACACUCUGGUCAUCGUUCUGGAUAAGAACGGCCAGGCCGAAGGCACCGUAUAUGUGGAUGAUGGCGAAACCUUUGACUACGAGCGGGGAGCAUACAUCCACCGGCGAUUCAACUUCCGUGACUCUGUCCUCUCAUCAGAGGACAUUGGUACCCACGGACCGAAGACGGCCGCGUACCUGAAGACCAUGGCGGAUGUUCGGGUGGAGCGAGUGGUGGUCAUUGACCCUCCACAGGAGUGGCAGGGAAAGACGAGCGUGACGGUGAUCGAAGAAGGCGCCAAGUCUGCUUCAACCGCUUCCAUGGAGUACUACAGCCAGGCGAGCGGAAAGGCCUCGUAUGCUGUGGUGAAGAAACCCAACACAAGCAUUGGCAAGACGUGGAGGAUUGAGUUUUAG